CGUCUCUGAUGAGUUGAUGAUGUUUUUACGAUUUUGAGGCAGUCGCGAAUUCCCAGCGGAGGUGAUCGCCGGAGAAUCACUCCAAUGGCGACUGAGUCGUCGGAGGGAGAGGAAGAAGGGAAGCUGACCGGCGGUAGUCCCGUGCUCUCAGAGGACGAUGACCUAAGAGAGAAGGGGAAGAAGGCUUCGUGGAGUGUGAGCUCCUGGAAGUCCGGCAAUGGCGUCUCUUCUCUCCGCGACGACAGCCUCGAGACCUAUUGGCAAUCCGACGGUGCUCAGCCCCAUUUUGUGAAUGUUCACUUUGAGAAGAAAGUCAAGCUUCAACUGGUUGUGCUGUACGUGGAUUAUAAGCUCGACGAGAGCUAUACGCCCAGUAAGGUUUCUGUUCGAGCUGGAGAUGGGUUCCACAGUUUGAAGGAGAUAAGGAGCGUGGAAUUGGUCGAGCCGACUGGCUGGGUCUAUAUAUCCCUUUCGGGGAAUGAUCCCCGGGAAACCUUUGUCAACACUUUUAUGUUGCAAAUAGCUGUUCUAUCAAAUCAUCUAAAUGGAAGAGAUACCCAUGUGCGCCAGAUCAAAGUUUACGGCCCUAGACCGAAUCCAAUACCCUGCCAGCGAUUUCAAUUCACCUCACCAGAAUUCAAUACAUAUGCUUUUGUGAGAUAACACAAGUAAAAUCCUGAUGAACCCCUAAGGGUUGGUAAGAGUGAUAGGACGUGUGUGCGAUUCGUGGGAAUUAUACGAGGUCUUGGGCCGGAAAUUCCCACAAGUUUAUGUGUGCCAAACUUGGAGACCAAGUAAGCUUGCAGUGUAUGUAUAUUUGUACAUAUCUCUCCAUUUUGAGAAACUUGAGUGUUUCUGCUUGUCCUCGCGUUUUAUUUGUCCGUGUAAGUGGGAGGUAUAUGACUCUGUUUUUAUAAUCUUGGACAGGUCAACAUUUGAUUUACAUCAGAAAAUUACCCUGUGAUUCAUGGUACAUAUGUACAAAACUUUUGUUUGCCACAUUGUUGAAUUUGUGAAAUGUUAAUCUGCUAAAA